AUUUUUCGAGUUCAUUAGCCAUCGGCUCUACUUCCGGAUAGCGGAAUGAUACAUUGAUUAAAAGCACGUUCGCACUGUUCAUUCCUCCAUCGGUCUUUUUCCCGCUGUGCGUACUAGAAGAAUGUCAAACGAAUACGAAGAUUCUAUCCCAGGACCCCAGAAAACCUCCGAAGGUUCUGGAAAUGCUGGUGAGUCUGCCAAAGAGAAUAAGGAACAGGAACCUUACAUCGGAGACCAGGCUGCAGAAAUCGAAAAUGUCUCCCAAGUGGACAGUUUUGUGAGUUUCGAUGAUAUGAACUUACCUGAUCCGUUGCUUAGAGGAAUCUACGCUUACGGAUUUGAAAAGCCCUCUGCAAUUCAGCAGCUUGCUAUAGUACCUUGUUGCCAUGGCAAAGAUGUCAUUGCUCAGGCCCAAUCGGGCACCGGAAAGACGGCCACGUUUGCCAUCUCCAUUCUGCACCAGAUUGACACUAGUAAAAAAGAAUGUCAGGCUCUGGUGCUCGCUCCCACCAGAGAGCUGGCUACCCAGAUCCAGAAGGUGUUUCUGGCCCUCGGAGACUACAUGAACGCAGAAUGCAUGGCCUGCAUCGGUGGCACCAACGUGCAGAGUAAUAUUGCCAAGCUUGCAGCCGGGAUGCACAUCGUUGUCGGCACUCCCGGCAGAGUCUUUGACAUGAUCGGCAGAAAAGCCCUGAAUACUGAAUACAUCAAGAUUUUUGUCUUGGACGAGGCAGAUGAGAUGUUGUCUAGAGGCUUCAAGGAUCAGAUCUACGAUGUGUUCAGGCAGCUGAAUCAUGAUGUCCUCCAGGUGGUCCUGUUGUCGGCCACCAUGCCUCCAGAUGUACUGGACGUGACCACCAAGUUUAUGGUCAACCCGAUCCGCAUCCUGGUCAAGAAGGAGGAAUUGUCCCUUGAGGGCAUCAAGCAGUUCUACGUCAACGUAGAGAAAGAGGAAUGGAAGUUUGACACUCUGUGUGAUUUGUACGAGACACUGACUAUCACACAAGCAGUCAUUUUUUGCAAUACCAGACGGAAAGUGAUGUGGCUACAUGAGAGCAUGACCAAGAGAGACUUCACCGUCUCCAGCAUGCAUGGAGACAUGGAGCAGAAGGAUCGAGACAUCAUCAUGAAGGAAUUCCGUUCUGGCUCCAGCCGAGUGCUGAUUACUACUGACUUGCUGGCGCGUGGGAUUGACGUCCAGCAGAUCUCACUGGUCAUCAACUAUGACCUGCCCUCUAACAGAGAGAAUUAUAUUCACAGGAUUGGCCGUGGUGGCCGCUUCGGUCGUAAGGGUGUAGCUAUCAAUUUCGUUACCCAAGAGGACAUCAGAGCACUCAAGGAAUUAACCGAGUUUUAUAACACUGAAAUCGCCGAGAUGCCCAUGAACGUGGCCGAUCUGAUUUAAUUCCUGUCGACAAGUCGCCGUGACGACGCCAUUCGCAGUGCCUGAUUGGUCCUGUUCACAGUGUGACGAUAACCAGCGUGACUUAACUUCGCUGCAGAGCUAAGCCAUCUGAGCCUAGUGACCAAAAGCGAGUUUUAUUUUGUUGUUUCAAUGUGACAUUUAAAUAUCGGGUCCACGAGUACCUGAGAUUUUUGUUGAUCGUCCGUUUAGGAUCAAGUCAUUGACUGCGAUAAGCUCGACAGGGCAAACUCAAAGGGGGGCUAUCCUCCUCCCCCCUUUAUUAAGGGGGGCCCACCCCUUGUGGGCCAACUAGUGUUUACUUGUAAAACUAUUGACGAUAUUAAUAUUUUAAGUAUUUAAAGCGAGCAUUACUUGUGAGCUUAUGUAGUUGUAUUGGUAGCCAUUUACCUUAAAACAGAAUUAUUUUCCUUUGAGCAUUUUGUUAAUAUAUAUUAUAAAAACAAAAAAAAAUCGCGUUAAAACCUAAGAGGUUACAGCUGUUCCUGUGUAGACAUUUGCUGCACGGCUAAAGCUGUACGUGUAUUAAGAUUAAAAAAAUUUAAGGCAAAAACCAAAAUGAUGAUUAUUACAGCAAUGGAAUUAUCCAACUGCCAUGUGAUUGUUGGCUUUACUAUUGACACAAAAUCUGUUGACAUUUAUUGUAGCCAGCAAUGUGAAGGGGUUAUUUCAUGCAAAUUACCACAGCAGAUGCCAAGAAGUCUAAAAAUUUCUGAUGAAAAUAUUUACGAAGAGUUCUUUUCCUACACAGAUUCAUUUUCUUUUUGCUGGCUGUUGACUGACUUAACUUGUAGCGGCAUUCCUGCACAAUCGACAAUACUUACGGGGAGAUAUACUCAGAUGCAUUUGUCUUUACUGUAUUUCAGGAAACUUAGGCAAUUUUGUGAGAGAAAGUCGGAACCAUUAAUUAAUUUAUGUUUGCACCUGAUGCCAUGUAAACAAGAUUUAAACAUAAAUGUAUGCUCAUUAUCAUUAAUUAAUACGCACAUGAUGAAAACUAUAACGAAACAGCUGUCUUUACGGCAUUGUAAAAGGCCACUAAUUUUGUUGCACGUUCCAGUCUUUAUCGAUGUUGGUCAUAGACACAUGAUAUCCAUUUGUUCAGUCAGUGAUCCUGAUUAUGUUGUACUAUGUGUAUUUUCGUCUAGAUUUAAUAAAUACAUGUAUAAAAAUAUA